CCGUCAAGCGCUAUAAGACCAUCAUCCCCAUCUCAUCCCUUUCUGCCAUCCAACUCACACCUUCUCUAUCUCCGGAAACGAUCACACGAGCCCUCAGCACGAUGUCUGCGAAGGAGAUGAAACAAUUUACUCGGGAGGAGGUUGCCCAGCACAACACACCCGACGACUUGUGGAUCAUCAUUGACUGCAAAGUCUACGAUGUCACAAAGUUCAAGAACCUCCACCCCGGCGGAUCGAGCGUGCUGCUCGCAGAGGAGAUUCCCGGGCAGGAUGCAACUGAAGCCUUUUAUGGCCUUCACCGGCAUGAGGUGCUGGAGAAGCCCCAGUACGCGCGUCUGCAGAUCGGAACAAUUGCAGGGGAAACAGGUCAACUCCUGAAGCCAGAGCCUGGAUCUCUGAGCAAGGUACCAUAUGCAGAGCCUACCUGGCUCUCGGACGGCUACUAUAGCCCAUAUUUCAAGGAGAGCCACAGACGUCUGCAAGACGCAAUGCGCAAGUUCGUAGAUGAGGUCGUAUACCCAGAUGCGAUUGCACGAGAAGAAGACGGCAAGCGGCCCAGUGUCAGCGUGGUCAAGAAGAUGGCUGAGCUAAACUUGAAUGUUAUGCGUCUUGGUCCCGGCGAGCACCUGAAAGGCCUCACCUUGAUGGGCGGAAUUGUCACUCCGGAGGAGUUUGAUUAUUUCCACGAAUUGAUCUUGAAUCAAGAGUUCGCACGGACGGGUUUCCGUGGCUAUCAGGACGGCUUUAACGGCGGUAUGGUCAUCGGCCUGCCGCCCGUCCUGCAUUUCGCGCGGCCGGAGGUCCGCGACCGCGUCAUGAAAGAGGUGCUCUCCGGCGAGAAGUUCAUCAGUCUCGCGAUUACUGAGGCAUUUGCGGGCUCCGAUGUCGCGGGCUUGAAGACGACUGCAAAGAAGACUGAGGAUGGCAAGUUCUGGAUCGUUAACGGGACGAAGAAAUGGAUUACGAACGGAACGUUCUCCGAUUACUUCACCGUUGGCUGCAAGACCGAGAAAGGGCUUACUGCUAUUCUCGUCGAGCGGUGUGAUGGCGUCGAGACCAAGGGUAUCAAGACGUCUUACUCCUCAACAGCCGGCACUGCCUACAUUACCUUCGACAACGUCAAGGUGCCCAUAGAGAACACGCUUGGCCCCGUAAAUGGUGGUGUCUUUGUCAUCCUGAGUAACUUCAACCACGAGCGAUGGGUCAUGAUUUGCGCCUCUGUCCGGACACAGCGCAACAUUAUCGAUGAGUGCUUGAAGUGGGUCUCCCAGCGAAAGGCAUUCGGCAAGCCGCUGAGCUCACAGGCGGUCAUCCGGGCGAAGAUCGCCGAAAUGAUCGCUCGUGUAGAGAGUACGCAGAGCUGGCUAGAGAACAUCACGCACCAGAUGAAUAACAUGAGCUACAAACAACAGGCAGAGCUGCUCGCUGGCCCGAUUGCCCUUCUGAAGAUGCAUGCGACACGCACUGCGCAGGACACUGCUCGCGAUGCUGUGCAGAUCUUCGGUGGCCGCGGCGUGACGAAGACCGGCAUGGGCAGGGUAAUCGAACACUACCACCGCACUGUCGCCUUCGACGCACUCCUCGGCGGAGCCGAGGAUGUGCUUGGGGAUCUGGGUGUCCGUCAGGCGAUAAAGAACAUGCCGAAGAACGCGAGAUUGUGAUUCAUAUACUGUCUGGAUCAUGAUCUAUUUAUUGUGCGAUACGAAUUGCGAUAUGUUGUGUUAAUAAAUUAGCGGGAGGGCUCUUGUUGGUUCGUAAGGUAGCUGAUAG